GAUCUGCUAUGCAUAGUGAGGAACUGGGGUUGGGUAUGCCUUUGGAGCUAGCAGCCUGAAUUCCUGAUCAAAUCUGUGCUCUGAUGUUGCUGCAGCAGGGGGCGGUUCCAAAGCAAUGGCAUUCGGUGGUAUUGGCAUCUGUGUUGCUGAGAAGAGGGAAAAUUACGAUCUAGUCUGGGGAAGAGAGUUACGAGCUGAAGGGCAAAAGUUGUUUGUGGUGGCAGCAUAAUGCUUGGGUCGGCCCCAGGGGCUUGGUUGUAAAGGGAAAGGCAAAGGAAGAGGAAAGCUGGGGUGGACAAUAGGCAAUCGGAGCUUGCACCACUAGCUGAGGUAGCCUCACGCUAGGAGUGCCCUUGCAGGGUUAAAAGCAUUGUGAAGUUUAAGUGGCAGAGCAAAGAUUGCAGUUCACGUUUAGAACCGUUUAGACUGUCUAGGAAGGUGGAUGUGAUAAUAAGUAUCUUAUCUCUAUUUCCUUGUGCAGUGACUUGACAAAAAGCUGCAUCCCUCCCAAACAGGCCCCACUCUUUUCCUCCCUCUGCUCAGCCACACACCAUGGCUUUUCUAGUGGGCUUUUGCUAGUGGAGCAAGUUGAGCUGUUUCGGCCUCUCUAUCCCACCAUCUCUAACCUACUGGCACCAUUGUCCUUAGCCUGCAGCUCCUAGCGGAAGGCUGGCCCAAACAACACUUCCUUCUCCUUUUCCUCCGGCUGACAUUAAGUUUUUUCCCCACCAGUGACCAACCGCAGACCUUAGUGUGAGGCUCCAUCUGCUAGCGGCGCAGGCCCAGUCAGCCUAUUUUCCACCCCAGCUUUCCUCUUUCCAUGGGCUGAAUCCAAAAACACCUCCUAUACCCCUCAAACAGGGUGUUAUUUGAGGGGACAGCCAUAUGUAGUGGUGUCCAAAACCAGAGUGGACAUUGAGUGCACUCAUUCAAUCCCAUAUUGCACUGCAAUAAUGAGUGUACAACCGAUUCAUUAUUGCCUUUCAUUCACAGUAUAGUGGACUAAUGUAGGGAAUAGUGAAUGAGGGUUUAGGGGGCGAUUUCAAGAACGAGGCCCUGGACUUGCUUCCACUGAACUCUUUUACCUAGGCUAUAUUGACUUUGUUCUUGUUUUGUGGCAAGGGCAUCUUGGGCACAGAUGCCCUUGCCACAGCACACCAUUGCCUUGGAACUGCCCCCUGUCACCAGCAACAUCAGAGCUCUGAUUUUAUCUGAAUCAAGUUGCAACAAAAUAUUUUUCAGUGACCUUAAAUCCAGCUAAUACCCCAUACCGUCCGUAUCUUUUCCUCCUAAGAAUUCUGCAUCGCAUCCAGUCGAUACACUGAAAUCAUCUGUACUGCUUUUCCCCAUAUGAAGCGUGAGUUAAAUACCUGUCUUGUGAUACUAGCAGAGCUUGCUUUAUCCUAUGGAGGGACACAUUUUUUCUUCCAAGCCUGUGGAAACAUCUCAUGUGCAGUAUGUAGAUUGGCCGCCCAUUCAACCAUAGCUUGUCUCAAUUCCUCCAUGUCCUCAGCCAAACCAAACUAAAUCAACCAUUUUAUGUAUCUCAUCCGCCAACUGCCAAAUUCGACAGAUUCCAGAAGAUCUGCUGUUUUUUCUUCCAACAGACUCUGCAAUCAUUUUAACAGAGGAAAAUGCACAAGACAGUGUUGUUAUUUUUUUGCUUAUGCCCACCCACUGCCUUAUCUCCCUCGAAUCCUUUGUCUUCAUGUUAAAGAUCAAAUCUCUCUUAACUAAGUUGUGCCACGACAAGGUUAAAUUAUGGUUAACCUUCCUUAUCCAGUGGAACAGUUCCUGCUUUCACACCCCCGCAAUGAUGCCAAUUCUAAGACUCCUUAUUUGGAAUCACAGCUUGCGAUCAAUUCAUUAUAAGCAGUGUAGUAUUUUCUGUUAUUCUGGCCACAGCCGAUGGUGUUAUGAGUGUAAUAAAAUGCCCACAGCCCAGUGUUCAUUUUUAAACACAAACACAGCCCGCCUCAGUGCAGGGCUCGCACUAAUAAAAUCGACUCAUGUCAAAUAUAACGUUACAUUAAAUGUAGUGAACUUGCCCACGACUCAGUAGUAUCCACAAACACUAACAUUACAUACACAUGUCCCACGGUUUCUGUAAUAAUAAACCAACACAUAUACAGUCAGCUCAGGCCGACGGCGUUUUCAGUGCAGUGAAUGUGUCCGCUGUCCCGUGCCCACAUUCACUCACAGACAUGAUAAGCCCCAUAGGGCUCACCCCGCUCGCUCUCUCAGCGGACUGCUAUAAGGCAAUCGAGCGCAGCAAGGACCCCCGGCCCGCCUCAAACACUGCAAGAACACACAAUCUAAAGACACGGGAGGCUGACUGGUUGACUGUUUGUUGACUUUCAUUUGUGACAGUGCUGCAGAGCUUGUGGUCUCUAGGGACAUCACAACAAAUCUAGACGUGAAAGUUACAGGUUGAGCGCCCCUAGUGGCCAAAAAUUCCACAAUGUGGCUUUGACAGUAAAGUCAAUCUAGGCCAGGUUUUUAUAAUUUAAUGGUAUGAUCCAUUUCAGAGGCUGCAAAAAUUACAUUUUAAAAUCAGUCAGAGCUAUAGAAAUGCUUCACGUUACAAGUAGGUUACUUUCUACAAACACCCUCACGCUUUCUUUAGGGGGGUUAGGACCCUCCAUGCCCAUAAUUCACACCCUGAUCUGCACAACUCGUUCAGGCUCUUGUCAUUUUUAGACUGGACUAUUGAAACGCCCUUCCAACAUGUGCAAUGAAACCUCUACAAAUAAUUCAAAACAGCAGCACAACUGGUCUUUAACAAGCCCAAGAAAGGCCAGUACCAGUCACACCUCUCUUCAUCAAUCUAUAGAUGGUUCCCAAUUCCAGUCCAGGCAUCCCAAUGCAAUACACUUUCAUGUUGUUUUUCUUAUCUGACACAAUUUAUUCAGUUCAAGAACUUCUUUCCUACUGAGUGAUUAUCUACAGUAAAUCAUAUGUGUAAGAUAGGAGAAACUGCUAAGUGAGCAGAACUGUGGGUUUUUAUAGGAAGUUGCUUCAAGGUGUAAACACUGUGAAAUAGGGCUUCUUCAUUUUCACACACAAGAUUUCACAAGAUCACAUGGAUUGUGGUUAAAGAUGCAUGGUUAUUUUACUGCAUGGUUAUGUUUAACAUUUUACUACUCACCAGCUCUUACCUCAGUGCAUCUGUCAUUUAUAUUUGUAGAGUACUGUUGAAAGAAUUUUUUAACAUGAUUUGGUUCUGUUGGUGUCUUUGGUGUCUGGUUGGAGUUGAGAUGAAGCCAGUGUCAGUGAUGGAGGGAGACUCUGUCACUUUACACACUGAUAGAGAAAUGAGGAAUAAUGAUCUGAUUGUGUGGAGAUUUGGACCUGAAAACACUUUAAUAGCUGAAAUCCUUGUAGCGGACAGCAGUGUGACUGUAAAUGAUCAUUAUGAUGAGAGAUUCAGAGGCAGAAUGAAGGUGGAUUAUCAAACUGGAUGUCUGACCAUCGCAAACAUUGGAAUUGAGCAUGCUGGACGUUAUGAACUACAGAUCGACGGUCUGAAGAAGUUUUUCUUCGUCAUUUUAAAUGGUGUAUUUUCUGAUCAAGAUGAGAGGAAGUUAUUGUCAGUGAUGGAGGGAGACUCUGUCAAUUUAUACAGUGAUAGUGAAAUGGAGGAUGGUGAUGAUCUGAUUCAGUGGAGUUUUGGAAACUAUUUAAUAGUUCAAAUCAAUGAAACGGCUGACAAAAUUACUGUAUAUGAUGAUGUCCUUGAAGGAAGAUUCAGAGACAGACUGCAGGUGGAUCCUCAAACUGGAUCUCUGAACAUCACAAACACCAGAAGUGAACACACUGGAUUUUAUCAACUGCAGACCAAUCGUGUGAAGAAGGUUUUCAUCCUCAGUGUCUAUUCACCUCUGCCUGUUCCUGCCAUCUUCUGUUACUGUCCUUCAACUCCAUCAUCAUCAGUGUCCAGACAUGUGCUGCUGUGUUCAGUUUUGAAUGUGAGUCAAGCGACUCUCUCCUGGUUCAAAGGAAACAGUUUAAUCUCCAGCACUGCUGUGCCUGAUUUCAGCAUCAGUCUCUCUCUGCCUCUGGAGGUGGAGUAUCAGGAUAAAAACACCUACAGCUGUGUGCUGAACAAUUCAUACACUGCCAAGACUAAACACCUUGACAUCAGUCAAGUCUGUCGCACAUGUUCAGACUCUGAUGCUGUUGAAGCUGUGAUCCGAUUGGUUGUUACUGCUCUGGUGGGUGUGGCUGCUUCAGCUGCUAUUGUUGUGCUGGUUUAUGACAUCAGAUCCAGAAGAGCUGAACAGGUGGUUCUCAACCAGGGGUGCGUUUCCUAUACAAUGACGGAACUCACUAGCACUGCUUAACUACUUAAUACGAUGCAUAAUUGAGGAAAUCAUCUAGCUAGUCAGAACUGUUUUACGAAACCAUAUUGUCGUAAAUUGAUCGUAUAACAACGUUGGUUAAUGAUGUCACGCAGUUGGUUUAGUAAUAACUACUUUUAAAGAAUCUGUUUGAGAUCGAAUUAAUGCUUGAGGUUUUGCUAUAAAUUACAGACAUGACAUCGGAGAACUAUUUCUUACUUUUCCCAGUUAUUUUGCUUUAUUUCCAGAUUCAGUCUAGGCUUAUUCUUAUGUACUCUUCAAAAACUACGCUUUAAAUCUCUUGACAAACUAAAAAACGUAAGAUGACAUUUGUAUGUAUUCUAAAUAAAAGUUAUAGAUUGUA